AUGCUAACAUCCUGGCGUGUAAGUAGAUUCAUAAAGAGACACGACUUGGAUUCGAAUAAAAAGUUGGAUGCAAAUGAACUCUACCUUGCCUUCAUAAACUAUAACCUAUCACGAGCCGACAUAGAAGAAUUCAUCAGGAAAUACGAUCUAAAUAACGAUAACCAAUUGGACAAAAAUGAACUUAAAAUUGUGUUUAAACAAUUUAGAAUAUCCAUAAAAGUACAUCGAUUUAUCAAGAAGGUGGAUCGUGACAAAUCCAAGACAGUUGAUGUCAAUGAAUUGUUGAUUGCUCUCGAAGGCACAGGCAUUACACGAGAAGCCUUGACAGAUUUCAUCUCUCUCUACGAUAUCAAUGGCGACGGAGAGUUAGACAAAAGGGAGUUGAAACUAUUUUUUAAGGAACAGCGAUUGUAA